AUGGAGACGACGGACGAUUUUGUGGAGGUGGAACUGCCCGACAACGAGUACUUCCACGAGGGGGUGGUGGGUCUGGCAAUGGAUAUUGUAGCCGAUUGUAAAAUGGUGGUGGAGACGGUCAAUGGGAUCAACACCGAAAUGGAACCCGACACCACCGACACGACCGAUGCCAUCAAAGAAACCUUCGUGCAGGCCAUCAAGCGAGUUCCGCAGAGUGCUGCACGUCUCGUGGACAUGACGCACCAGUUUAUUAGAGAAAAUGCUGCGUUCUACCUUGACGACCAGCAGUAUCUGGAUCUGUUCAAGAUUCUGCAAGCCAACACGCGAGCGGUAAAGGAAAGUGUGUUGCUGCUGUUGCGAUUGGCCACGGUGUCGGUGUGGACCACCAAGUCGGCCGCCACGACGGCCAAGACGCAGGGCCAGCUGGAGACCUACUGCAAGAACGUCGCCCUGGCCAUCAAGAAGGUCAUCGGAGCGGCAGAUCAGCUGCGACUGAUGCAGGAGCAAGAAGAGGAGGGCCUCAUCGAGGAAGAGGCCGAGGAGCUCGCGCGUCUCGUCAUGGACAAGACCGUCCAGCUGGCCCGGGCCGGUUCGGCGGCUGUCAAGGAGCUCGUGGAGGCCACCUACCAGCUGCAGGACAGGGAGCACUUUGUCGUCGCCGUCAAGAGCACCCUCCAGGCCAUCACCCCUUUCGUUGAUUUCGGGGCAGCGCUGUCCUUGCGAGAGGCCGACGCCCUGCGCAAGGCUGCCUUUGAUUUCCUCACCGCCGCCAAGGCCGCGUUCCAGGCGCAAAAUGACGACGCCAGCUUUGCGCGCCUGGAAAGUGCCAAGGACGGGCUGGCCGAAGCCAUGCGCGCGACAGUGCUGGCAGCCCGCGCAAUCAACACAGAGGACAUCGUACGCAAUCAGCUUGCUCCUGCCGACGCGUUCGACGACGGCGCGGACGAGGCCGAGGAGGAGGAGGCCGAGGAGCCCUACCUGGCCCCCGCCCCCGUGCGCCCUGCCGCCGCCGCCGCCUCCUCCCCGCUGCUGAUCGGCGCCCGCCAGUCCGCCCCUCCCGGUGCCCUCGCCCAUCGCCUCGCUCCGCCCGCCUCCAACGGAGCCACCGGUUUCCGCAAGCAGACUCGAACGCAGAACUCCCUGCCCCCGGUGAUGAAUACGACGAUGCAGCUACAACAGCGACAACAACAGACCCUGCACAGCGAGGGCGAGGACGGCCCUGGCAACGCAGACAAGAUGCGGCACACCACCAUGACUGGCCAGCACAUCAACCAGAUCCAACUGCUGAGGCAGCACCUCCAACUGCCCCCGUCCGAAGCGCAAGCCGUGGUCAAGCGAGGCACCGUUCGCAGAAAGGUGGCGGCCAGGAAGAGCGAGGAGCCGUUGGCCGUGGACAUGGCCAGAUACGAAGCCGAGAUCAAGAAGAUCGAAUUCCUACAGCGGUUCAUGCGCAAGUGGCUCAGGAUCAGCAAGUUCCGCAACACCGCCCUCAACUUCCUCACCGCGCCCGAGUCGGAGAGGCUCCGCAAGCGCAACAUGGCCUUCAGGGAAAUCGUCUGCACCGAACGGGGCUAUGUGAACAACCUGGAGGAGCUCGAGAAGCGCAUCAUCUCCCCGCUCAAGGCCUCGUCGCACAGCUUCAUCUCCGAGAAGGAGGUCGGUGUCCUCUUCUCCAACCUGGAGAGCAUCACCUGCCUCAACAUCCAGAUCCUGGAGCUGAUGGAGGAGCGCAUCGAGCAGUGGCCGUGCGAGGGCCGCUUUGCCGAUAUAUUUAUUGAAAAGGCCCCCGUGCUCCGGCUCUACACGGACUACCUCAACAACUACGACCGACAGGGAUCAGCCGAGCCCAUCGUUGGUCGGUGCUCUGGAUGCGUGGUCGUCGUUCUCACGUUGGCUGGGCUGGGUUGUGUGGGAGUCCAGAUGACUGUGCUCACCGAGUUGGAGAAGAAGCCGGCCUUCAUCCAAUUCAUCAAGGCCUGCAAGGCCAAAAUGAACCUGGGCAACUACCUCAUCCUGCCCGUCCAGCGCCUCCCCCGAUACGAGAUCCUCCUCGAGGGGCUCAAGCGAUACACCUCCGAGGAGCACGUCGACUACCCCAACAUCAUCGCCGCCCUCGACAAGGUCAAAGAGCUCAACUCCCACGUGGACAAGAAGAAGAAGGACGAGGACAACCGACGAGCGAUUCAGGAGAUCCAAAAGGCCGUCUCCGGUGCACCCACUCUCUUUGUCGCCCACCGCCAGUUCAUCAGGGGCGGUCUCGUCGACGUGCUGGCGGGGAAGAAGAAGGAAAAGUUCUACGUCUACCUCUUCACCGACAUCCUGUUGCUGACCAAGGCCAAGGUGAAAACCGUGGUGCCCGGUGCUGCCCGCCCCAAGUCCAAGCUCAAGGACUUGAUCUACCUCAAGGAUGGACCUUUUUCAGCUUCCGCCAUGUCGUUGGACGGGUCUUCUGCCCUGCGGCUGGUCGGAGGGCGCAAGGAGUUUUUGUUCUGCUUCUCUUCCGACACAGAGCGGGACGGCUGGCAGAGGGACAUCGACACCGUCCUGCGAGAGGAGGGCUGGAAGAAGAUCUUCUACUGA